AUGGAUAUGCUGCACAUCUUAACAGUGUCGAACGAACAUGACCGCAUACGUCACCUCCAAAGGUUUCCGGCGGGUCAUCUUCCGCGGAUCUUGUCUGUAUCAACGCAGAUAUCGAACAUCGGAUUUUUCGACACCAACGACAAGCAUGUGGAAAAAGCGGUUCCACAAGACACGUUGUUCAUCCACGGCAGUACGCGCAGUGGUGGGAGUGUCGUGUCUUCUCCCGUGAAGCAUGCGCCUAGACCACGUCAUAGCAGCAGCAACUGCACUGAUGGUCGUGGUUCAAGACCCUCCUCUGGGAAAUCGGCAGGUAUCUCUACAAUCUUCGACGAAAGCUGCUCUGUGGAAUGGUCAUCGACAGGACCACGCUUCGGGGGUCACAACUGUGGCGCAGGCAAUGCUUCACAGUAUGGCAGCAACUAUCGGCUUUGCUACACCAACAGUGAGGAGGCCUCGGCCGAAGAAAGCAUGCUUGCGUUGUCCUCCGUAAGUACCUCGGCGUCGGAUGCCCAUGUCGUCAUGUGCGGCACGAGGAACCCACCCUCCGGUCCAAGCUGCUCUGCUGGGUGUGAGGACAUCAUCGACACGGUGUGUGACUAUCGAUGUGGAAGUGGGCUCUACGGGGAUCUGCACUGCAACUGGAGAGGUCUUGGGAAGACGUGUCGUCUGUGCUUCCACGAUGUUUCAGUGGCUUAUCUUGCUGAUGAAGCCGUAAAAGCUCAGGGUGGACGGGUAAUCCUUUGCAACACCCUCGAGCCCCCACUUUCUAUUGGGACUGAAGCGAUUGCAAGGAGAAACAAAUCUGGGGGUAGCAGACUUGCUUCCUUCAUCCCGGAGAAUCACGAUGGCAUCGUUUCGCAGACAGACGGUAUUUUUGACGAUCCUCUCCCCACGAUUCUCUCCAGCAGCAUGCGUGGUCAAAUGUGCGCGUUCAUGCGUGGCUACUUCGAAUUCUUGUCUGAGACGACAAGUUCAGUGCGCAGCGUUCUGGAGUUCAUGCCGGCCAUGCGCGUGGCGGUUGUUUCCCAUCCAAGUGACUUUCAUUUGUUAACAGGUCAGAGUCCGCCGCCCCUUUCCAACAGGUGCAACCCUAGCCCCAAGCCAAAUCGGAGCGCCGAACGAGUUUUGUAA